AUGGCGAGUAACGAAAGCGUACGGGUUUGGGCAAACGGCUGUUUCGAUGUCUUUCAUUUUGGCCAUGCUAAUUUUUUACGACAAGCGAAAGUUAUGGGGGAUUAUUUGAUAGCAGGCGUACACGGCGAUUUGGACAUAGCUAAGAACAAGGCCCAUCCGGUAAUGGGCGAAAAUGAAAGGGCGAAAAUUAUUUCCGCAGUGAAAUGGGUCGACGAGGUUCAAACCGGAAUCCCGUAUGGGGAUGUUUUGAAAACGCUAAACGAACACGCGUGCGAAUUUUGCGUACACGGAGACGACAUCGCGCAAGACGCAAGUGGCUGUGAUAUUUAUUCGGAGUGCAAGGAAAACGGAAUGUUUCGCGAGUGCAAACGAACCGAGGGAAUUUCAACAACGUCGAUUAUUGAUCGAAUUUUACUCGGCAACGCCGGUGGCCAUGCUUUGGGUUGGAAUAAAACUGAGGUAGACACACACUGGCCACAUGCACCUUCCCUUUCGUGUGUAAGUAGAUCGAUUUAGCCUUUCUCACGCCGCCAUUUUUGGGGAACUAUGUAAUUUUUCGUAAACGAUUAUAACAAUGUGAAAAGCAAUAUUUCAGAACAAACUAACUAUUUACAGAGUAUAAAUUUACCAUCACACCGGCCCACACAAUUAUAAAAUGUCGCCCGGGUUACGCGUGGUGUUACGCUCGCAGAAUUGGCACAAAGUGAUUUUCCGCGGUUUCAAAACUCCCCCUCAUUUUGUUCUAUUUUAUCUAACGUCGUCAGGACAAAGCUCUCUAAGUAUCGUUUAAUAAGCUUGCGUGUUCGUGAUGAAAAUAAAUUAAUGUAAGCCCCCUGCUGUCGGUGGGUAAACAUUAUAGGUAUUAUACUUUUUAAAUAAAAACACAGCGAAUUACAGCAGAGAAACAUUGUUUUCCUGUAGCCAUGUUUCUCAAAAGUGGACAAACCAGAACACAUAACAGACAACUUGCAUGUUAGACUAAUUUUUGAUGUAGCCAAAAAAAGGUAAAUUCCCGUAAGAACUUAUUACUGAAAUUAAUAAAAUUGCAAACUUUGGUUACGAAAUGUUGUAAAAUGCGGAAAAUAUAGCCUUGCGAAGUUUGCAUAUUUUGUAUAUGUUUGUAUUACGUGCGGGAAUUGUUACAAUUUUUGAGCGAAAGUGGUAACAAUUUCCGCACGUAUAAUACAAACAUAUUACAAAAUUUGGAAACUUUGCAAGGCUAUAUUUUCCAAGCUUUAUACAACUUAGAUUAAAAUUUAGUCUAACAUGCAAAUUGUCCAUUGUUUAAUUGUUUGCCAAGCUAUUGCUCACAUUGCUAAUCGGCAGUUUGCCAUGUUUGCCAUAACGAGCAAACCAGCAAACAUUAUUUCAUAGCAAUAUUUGCCAAAUGUAUAAAACCCGUUUUUCGCUAAUUAAGCUAUUCUGUUCGCGCGAAUCGGCUUCCUCCUUUGUCGGGCAUUGCUUUUCACGUCAGCAGAAGCGACACCGACAAAGGAAAAAGUCGCUUCGCACGACGACAAAUUCGCCAAUCAGGAUACAUUGUUUUCUAGCUAUACAUUUCCCACCACAAGCCUGACAACAUUGUUGCAGAACGACGUUAAAUUCCUAGCCAUGUUUCCCAAAUAUGAGCAACGCAUGCAAGAAACAUUGUUCAAAUGACAGAAACAAGGUUUACUUGCAGAAUAAAAUUAUUUCUGAAUUGGGCAAUUAGUCAGAAAUCGACUGAUUCGAUUGCUUACUCCAUGAUGUAUAGCUAUAGCCACACACUGGCGCCAAUAUGUAGCUGGCUCUUCGUGUACAUGCACGAUUAAGUAUAAUUUGUCCUUGGGCAAUGUACAUUAGCCCCAAAUUUUCGCAUAUACUAGGGUUCGUGCAUGUGAGGAAGAGUCAAAUUCAAGGACUUUUUAAGAACAUUCAAGGCUAUGUAUCAGCAAAUUCAUGUAUUAAAUACUGAAGAAAAGUCGUUGGAAAUCAGUAAAAUGUGACGUUCAAUUGUUCAAAAAGGGCACAACGCCACAACUUUAAUUAAUUUCAAACAGCUUUGUCAGAUUCAUACAUGCAAAAUCAGUUCAACAAAAUGUCCGCUCCGAAAGUCAAAAAAUUUAAUUUCGAAAAUAUCCAUAAACUAAAGCAAGAAGAAUUUAAGGACUUUCAAGUACUUCUUUACAAAUUCAAGGCCUUCAAUUUUUGUUUUCAAAUUCAAGGGCCUUGUACUACGUACAAGGCCGGAUGAACCCCCCCCCCCCUCCCCCGCACCAGAUGGGGUGACUAACAUUUGUAAUAUUCCCAUCUAGAAUGAAAUGAAGAACGAAUGUGAACCCAGUCACGUGGAUGGCGAAGCCCAAAUCCCAAAAGAAAGCGAAAGUAACGGCAGUAGUCGACCAUUUCUUGAAAUGCCCGAAGAAUAUUACCAAGAAAAAAUCAACGAGUUUUCAUCAAAAAUCUCAAACCCAAGCCGAAAGAAGAAAAUGAUCUACACGCAAGGUGUUUUUGAUCUAUUCCACUCCGGCCACGUGGACUUUUUGGAGAAGUGUAAAACAAGCGUCGAGAACGGGUUUCUGGUUGUGGGUAUUUUAACUGACGAGGAGGUGCAUCGUGUUUACGGUAGUUAUCCCGUGACCAAUACAUACGAACGUGCCUUGGCGUUGUUGUCGUGUAAAUUUGUGGGUCAAGUGAAGAUUGGAGUGCCGUAUGAAAUCACCUCUCAAUUUGUUGAUGACCUGAAGGUAAUAUCAUUGGACUCUGGUCUAUGACACACGUAAAAACGCACAAGUUGUAACAAACCUGCAGCAGACUUGUAGCAAUGCUGUUCCGACAACUUGUCAACAGGAUGUGUUCGCACUGCUUGUUUCCAGCUUGUUGACAAUUUGUCAACGGCUUGUUGAUCGAUAACUUGCUACAAGGUUGUUGAGCUCAACAGACUUGUUACAAGUUGUUCCAACAAUUUGUUAUCGUCCUGCAAUUCAACAAUUUGUCAACAAGUUGUGAGUGACAACCUUGCAGCAACGUGAUAAAAUAACAGCAUUGUUACAACUUGUUGACAACUAUGUAUAAAAUUUACACUGCGAAAUUUCCAUCUAGAAAAUCCUUCAACACUGAGUUCAAUCGAAAAUUAGAUACCCAAAAUCGAGCCCAAAAUAUCCUGAGAGUUUCACAAAUAGUAUAUGUUUUUUUAAAAAUGUAACUUCUUCGUCUUUCUCUCUUUUAAGGUUGAAUAUGUGUGUCACGGCAGACUGUGGGAACUCCCUUCUGACCCUUACAAAGCCAUUAGAGAAAAGAACAUCUUUUGUCAAAUAGAUAGCGGAAAUGACGUCACAACUCGUACCAUUAUCGAAAGGAUUAUUCAAAGCAGGUAAAUAGAUAUAUUCAUCAUAACGUCAUAGAUAUCAAUAGAUAUCAUCACAUAUAUCAUCAUCGAUUCUAUAAGUUUAAUAAUUCUGUCGUGUUGUACCAGAUAUGUACAAACUCGAAAGGGCAUGUACAAAGGUAUGGUAUGGUAAAACUUUAUUUAAAGACGCUGGCCCCGACAGCAAUUAGCUGAUUUUAGCUGAUUUCCACGGGGGGCGUCAAAUAUUAACUAUUUACAAAAAAGAAAUAUUUACAUUGUAAAUGUUACUGGUGUGACCACAAAUAUCAUUUAGCUAUCAUUACCUCUAAUAAUAUUCUUAAAUUGGCUAACAGAUUCCGCUACCUUUGCAUCAAACGGGAGGCUAUUCCACAAUUUAGCUCCACUAUAAUUGAAACUCUUUUUAAGGUACUCUCUUUUUGGUUUAGGAAGGGUUAAAUCUGUUAGACUAUUUCUAAGAUCGUAGUUAGUUUGGCGAGUGUUUCUCAAUAUUAGAGACUCCUUAAGGUUAGGGCCGAUGUAGCCAUUCAAGACUUUGUACAACAAUAUUGAUUUAGUUGUACACCGUCUUGUCUCUAGAUUUAGUUGUACACCGUCUUGUCUCUAGAUCCGUAUGUCUGAUGAUUUCAACAUGCAGUUGUGUUUCAAGAAUUAUUCAAAAAGAAUUUUAAUUGAGAGAAUCGAGGAAAAAGUUUAAAGCAGAAUAGGCGGAAAAUUUUGUAAAUGUACACUGCAACACCUCACUAAACAACAUUGAUUUCUUUUGAAUUUUCUUCAUGAAUUAUUAACGAGUUUUACAAGAAAAUGAAGAAUCUAAAUUUUGGGGUUUUUGUAGGGAAAUGUACAGUGAAAGAAAUGCGAAGAAACCUGAAAGUCAAUUUUCAAGAGUUCGUCUUCAGGGAAACAAAUCUUGA